GUGUGCGAGGCGGGCUCUCAGUGGUGCGGCCGGCAGGCGGCUAUGGCGGCCGUACGGGGCCUGCGAGUGUCGGUGAAGGCAGAGGCCCCGGCGGGGCCGGCCCUGGGGCUCCCGUCGCCUCAGGCGGACUCUGGUUUGGAGCGUGGCGAGCCGGAGCCCAUGGAGGUGGAGGAGGGCGAGCUGGAGAUUGUGCCGGUGCGGCGCUCCCUGAAGGAGCUGAUCCCGGACACAAGCAGAAGAUAUGAAAACAAGGCUGGUAGCUUCAUCACCGGAAUUGAUGUUACCUCCAAGGAAGCAAUUGAAAAGAAAGAACAGCGAGCCAAGCGUUUCCAUUUUCGAUCAGAAGUAAAUCUUGCCCAAAGAAAUGUAGCCUUGGACAGAGACAUGAUGAAGAAAGCAAUCCCCAAAGUGAGGCUGGAGACAAUCUACAUUUGUGGAGUAGAUGAGAUGAGUACCCAGGAUAUCUUUUCCUAUUUUAAAGAAUAUCCUCCUGCUCACAUUGAAUGGUUGGAUGAUACCUCCUGUAAUGUGGUUUGGCUGGAUGAAAUGACAGCCACACGAGCCCUUAUCAAUAUGAGCUCUCUGCCAGCCCUGGAUAAAAUAAGAAGCAGGGAUGCCAAUGAGGACAGGUCAUCUGAGAAAAGUAAAACAGACAAGCAAGAAGACAGUUCAGAUGAUGAGGAGGCUGAAGAAGGAGAAGUUGAAGAUGAGAACUCAAGCGAUAUAGAGUUGGACACAUUGUCUCAAGUAGAAGAAGAGUCUCUGCUAAGAAAUGAUCUUCGUCCAGCUAACAAACUUGCAAAAGGAAAUAGGUUAUUCAUGAGAUUUGCUACAAAAGAUGACAAAAAGGAACUUGGAGCAGCCAGAAGAAGUCAGUAUUACAUGAAAUAUGGGAAUCCAAAUUACGGAGGCAUGAAAGGAAUUCUUAGUAAUUCUUGGAAGCGAAGAUAUCAUUCCCGUCGCAUUCAGCGGGAUGUGAUCAAGAAGAGAGCCCUGAUUGGGGAUGACGUUGGCUUGACGUCCUAUAAACACCGACAUUCCGGACUAGUAAAUGUUCCAGAGGAACCCAUUGAAGAGGAAGAGGAAGAAGAGGAGGAGGAGGAUCAGGACAUGGAUGCAGAUGACAGGGUGGUAGUAGAGUACCAUGAGGAGCUCCCAGCUCUCAAGCAGACCCGGGAGCGGAGCACAUCUAGGCAGUCCAGUGCCAGCAGUUCAGACUCCGAUGAAAUGGACUAUGAUCUAGAACUGAAAAUGAUUUCCACUCCUUCACCAAAGAAAAGCAUGAAAAUGACCAUGUAUGCUGAUGAAGUGGAAUCUCAGUUGAAAAAUAUUAGGAACUCCAUGAGGGCAGAUACUAUAUCUACAAGCAAUAUCAAAAACCGAAUUGGUAACAAAUUACCAACUGAGAAAUUUGUAGAUGUCCGACAUCUGUUAGAUGAAAAACGCCAGCACACACGUCCACGGCCACAAGGCAGCAAUACUAAAUCAGAUAUACGCCAGCGGUUAGGAAAAAGACCAUAUUCUCCAGAAAAGGCUUUUAGUAGUACCCCAGUCUUUCGGAGAGAGCCUUUUUCUGAUGUACAUAGUAGGCUGGGUGUUCCCAGGCAAGAUGUUAAAGGCCUCUACUCUGAUACUCGGGAGAAGAAAUCAGGUAGUUUAUGGACUCGCUUAGGAUCUGCACCCAAGACCAAAGAAAAGAACACAAAGAAGGUGGAUCACAGGGCGCCAGGCACUGAGGAAGAUGAUUCUGAGCUGCAAAGGGCAUGGGGGGCUCUGAUAAAGGAGAAAGAACAGUCUCGCCAAAAGAAGAGCCGGUUAGAUAACUUACCAUCUCUCCAGAUUGAAGUUAGUCGGGAAAGCACCUCUGGUUCAGAGGCAGAGUCCUGAUGCCCUUGGGGCUGAUGGCAGCUGCCCUAAAGUCUGACAUUCUCCUGCAGGGUGGGGUGCACAGUAGAAACCUUCCUCCCUCCCCCCACAGGAGUUGGCGCCCCUCUUGCUCUUACACAGUCACCCUCAGCUCUUGCUACUAUAGCAAGACAUGUUAAGAACGUGACAUGCUUUGAAGGGCAUCUAUCUAUCUUUUGCUGCAGAGUUUGAGUUCUGGGCCCUCAAUUCUUUCCCCACUAUCCCACAAGCUUUACCCUUUGAGGAAAAGGCAGCCCUCCAGAUUUUGUAGACGUUUUUCUUAAUAUUUUUAACAUUAUGUCUUUUAAAGAAAUGUUUUACACAGUUCAUCCAAAGAGCAGAGAACUGAACUUCUCACUAUUGCCUUGGCCCUGACAGCUGUUACCAGCACCCUUUUCCCAAGAAAAGUCAAUUCCCAGGUGCUUAUUGGACAGCCUUCGAGGGGGAAGAUGAGGGAAGCUGCCAGCUCACCCUUCCAGGACCCUAGUGUGGGGGCCGAAUCUCAUGGACCUGACCUCAGAGGUGCACCGGUGCCGCCCAGGUAGAUAAGAGAUGCAGCAUCGAUCGUGCUUCCGUUUCUCCCUGGGGAUUUCUGUUAGGGGCCUCUUCUUAGCAAUCAGCUUGAAGUGAAGAUCAAAUUCAGUGCUGUGGGAUUUUUAGGAACAAAAAACUGUGACUUCUGGAUUUCGGGUGGAUUUUUGUGCUGGGGUGGGGUCAUGAGUUAAUGUUGAACAAUUUUUAAGUCUGUAUUAUGUUCAAAAAUAUAAAUGAUUUAAAAGUUUAAAUUUUUAAUUUUUAUAUGUGAAAAUACUUCCUGUUGGCUACAAGGGAAGCUCAAGUGGUGUCUUAUGUGUGCUGUUAAAUAUAUAUUAUAUACUUUGGAAGAAGGCAAAGAGAGGAGUCUCAUUAUUUUUAAAUGAUCCUAAUUGUAUAGUCUGCCUGUUGUAUAUAAUGUUCAGCUUGCUUUUUGGCCACUGUAGGAAAAAAACCCAUCCAUCUGAGAUGGGGUCCUGUUGUUUAUUAUCACUUCAGAAGUGAUAUGUUAGUAUUUAUUCUAUUUCCAAGUUCUGGCACCUGAAGAUACCUUUAAAACUGGCAAGUAAGAUAAUAGUUAGAGAAAUUUCAGUUUAUUUCACAUUUACUUCUAAACUCCUUUCAGAUUAUUUUAAAGGCAGUAGAUUAUUUUGUCUUCCUAUUUGAUCUUUAUUUUGAAGUAUUUAAUGUUUGUAUUCCUCUGCAGGCAUAAAAAUAGUGUUUCACUUCAAUUCACUAGAACUUAAGAGUUAGCGAUAGUAAGCCUUUGUCCCUUUGUGAUGUCACAACUCCUCACCUGUCUGGAGUGUUUCGGUACAUGGUGCAGCCCUGGAUUCUAACAAUCUUUACUUUUGAGUGAGCUAAUCGCCUCAUUGAUAGUUGAUUACAGUGUGGUGUGAUUGAAUCCAGAAAACUGCUAAAAAAGGAAGUAAAGGGCCAUGGGACUUGAGAACUACAACAACUGUACCAUGUUUGGUUGGUUAACCUACUUUUCACUCCCUUUAGAAAGAUUAGAGACUAUAACUACAGUAUGUUUCUGCUUCCUGAUAGGAUUCUAAAAAAGAGAUGGUUCUCUGACAAUUGAGUCCUAAUGUUUCUGAGGUUUCUCACUUCUUUUGUCCUGUGGAGCAUGCAGCUGAGAGCCAGGUCCUUGAGAAGGGGCUAGGUUUCAGGAGUUGGUAAAAUGAGAUGGACAAGGACCUAAGAGUCAGAGACCUGGAUGGCAACGUCUGGUUUCUGUUCCAUGAGCCUGGGCCUCCAGUUUUCCCAUCUGUCAAAUGAAUAGGCUGGUGGUACCAGAGCUUCUGACUUUGUUGGUGCAUCUCAGUGGUGUUUUACUCUUCCCAAAGCAAUGGUUGUGGUGGGCUGGCCAGCACUGGUUUCCGUUGCAGGUGUAGGGAGGGUCAAGAAGACAGCUGAGGGCACACAUAAGGUUUUAGACAGAGAUUCACCCUCAUCCCAUUUUUGUUAGUCUCUGGGUCUUCUAGUGGGACAGAGAUGUCCUUGUGGUAUAGUCUCAGCAAUGUUCAUAAACCCUUCUUCUUUGUUUCCCAGUUAAGACCUUUUCCACCAGUAGUUUGGGCCCAUCUGUCCCAUGGCCUUAAUAGCCCUUCCCAGUCUCCUGCUGGAGACCAGGGAAAGCUUUCUGGAACGGUGGUGGUAUGUAAUCAAAACUGGGCCUUUGUUCUUGCUUCGGCAGCACAUAUACUAAAAUUGGAACGAUAAAACUGGGCUUUUGAUCUAAUCAGGAAAAAUGCCCACGUCAGCAGCCCUGCAAUUCUUACAAAUACACAGAACCCAGAAAAGUAUCUUUAAAGAUUUUAUUUCCCCCAGUUGUCAUUGCCUGCUUCUUCUCUUGCUCUUGGUCCACACUCAGGCACUCAGAUCUUGCAAUAUCUUACAUGUUGAUGUAAGGGCUUUGAAUGCCCAGGCCCUUUCUUUAGAGUUUGGGAGUGAGGGUGGACAGUUCCCCUAGUGGCAGCUCAGUGUGCCAGGGUGCUCGUUAUGCAUCUGGGCAGCAAGGCUAUACACUUUCCUAUAUUCUUCUUAGUUUUUACACAUAGGAGUUUUCAAAUACAUUUUUGCUGCUUGAUAGUAAUUGCAGAUACCUCAUUUCUGUUUCCCACUCUCCCCGUUGGGAGAGACACUAACUGCCCAGGAGAACUUGUAGAACCUGUGACAAGCCCUCCAGCCUUCCAAACUCUGGCCCCUUAGUCUGGUCUUGUGAACCCCUACCCUUAGUUUAAUCCCUGUCUUCUCCCACUCCAUCCCUGUGACAGUCUCUUCCCUGAUCUUUGCCUCAUACCCCUGUGCAUUGCAGCUGGGAUGAAUUUUUGUUGUUUGCAGCUUUACUCAGCUAUUAUUUACAUAGCAUACAGUUUACUCCUUUAAAGUAUACACUUCAGGGGCACCUGGCCAGCUUAGUUGGAGGAGCAUGCAACUCUUGAACUUGAGGUUGUGAGUUAAAGCCCCACGUUGGAUGUAGCGAUUACUUAAAAAUACAAGAUUUUAGGAAAAAAAGUAUACACCUCAGUGGCUUUUAGUGUAUUCACAGGGUUGUGUAGCCCUCACCACAGUCAAUUUUAGACAUUUUCAUCACCAAAAAUAGAUGCUAUAUUCAUUAGCAGUCAUUCUCUAGUCCCUCUUCCUUCCUGGUAACCACUACCUUUGGUUUCUAUGGAUGUCCCCCUGAACACUGAUGUAAAUGGAAUCAUACACUUUGUGGCAAUUUGUAAUUGGCUUCUUUCACUAAAUAUAUUUUUGAGGAUCAUCUGUGUUGUAGCCUAUAUUAGUACUCUUUUUAUUAAUAAUAUUCCAUUGUAUGAAUACAAUACAUUUUAUUUAUUCAUCAGUUGACAGACGUUUGGGUUGUUUCCACUUUUGGCUGAUACAAAUAAUGCUGCUAUGGAACGUUUAUGUACAGGCAUUGGGGUGGUCAUGUUUUCAUUAUUCUUGGGUUAUAUAUCUAAGGGUGGAAUUGUUGGGUCGCACAGUAAUUCUGUCUUAACCUUUUAAAGAACUGCCAGACCCAGGUGGCUCAGCGGUUUAGCGCCGCCUUCGGCCCAGGGCGUGAUCCUGGAGACCCAGGAUCGAGUCCCACGUUGGGCUUCCUGCAUGGAGCCUGCUUCUCCCUCUGCCUGUGUCUCUAACUUUCUCUCUCCCUGUGUCUCUCAUGAAUAAAUAAAUAAAAUAUUUUAAAAUAAUAAUAAAAAAAAUAAAGAACUGCCAGACUAUUAUCCCAAUGGCUACAUCAUUUUCCAUUUUCUUUAUUAGUGUAUGAGGGCUCCAGUUUUUCCGCAAUCCUCGUCAAUACCUGUUAUUUCGCGGCAUGAAUUAGUAUUUCAUUGUGAUUUUGAUUUGCAUAUCCCUGAUAUCUAAUGAUGUUGGACAUCUUUUCAUGUGCUUCAGAAUGAACUUUCUUAAGAAAGUUAUUAAUCCAUUAUUCUUCUGCUUUAAAACUUUCCAAAACUUCACUAUUGCCCUUGGAAUAAAUUCCAAACUCCAAUGAUAGCUCACAAGGCAUAACAAAAUCUAGCUUCUGGUAUCUCUGGCCUGUUCUCCCCAUCCUCCCCAUCUUUCCCUGCCCUGUGCCUACUAGUUCCCUGGAAUCAUCUUGAUCACACCAGCCUUUCAAACUCUGCUGAGUGCUCUUCUUCUCCAGCAGUGACACACUCCCCUGGACCUUUCUCCUUCCACCUGAGCCUUGCCAUCUCUUUUCCCUCAGGACUUAGAGACCCUUCCAGGUAGCUGCCUCCAACUUCCAGAGCCAGGUUAUGGUGGCCCCUGCUAUAUAUCCUACAGUACUGCCAUGAAUGAGACUGCUCAUUCCAGGUUUGAGUUAUACAGGCACCUAAGAUAAAAAUAGAGUGUAAUCAAAAUUCUUCUUGGAAGCCUUGAGGAAGGUGCCAUGUUGAAACCAGCAUUGUGAGAUCCAGCGCUGUUGGUUCCUGCCUGUGUGGGAACAGAUGAUACUUUCUUUGGUUGAGCUCCAGAUGAAGUUGUCGGCCGUAUUUUGCAAAAAAAACCACUUAUUUUUAGGUAUUAAACUCAUUCAGGCAAGCAACUCACUUUUGAAGAGGCUCUUGGGAACUGUAACAAGCCACAGGAGCAGCAGGGCACAAGCUUACCUUAUGUGAAUGGAGGCGCAGGUGAAAUGGCCCAAGUGACUUAAAUUAUUUUCCUUUAUCCUUGUCUUUUUUUAAACUUUCUCAGAAAAAUAUACCAUUGUGUUUACUUACGUGAAAUGUGCGUAUGAUGCCGAAUUUCUAUACCCGUCCCCCAAAGCCAGCACACCUAUACACUGAAUUGUAAUUCCCUCUUCCUAGUUUGUCUUUUUUGCUAGAUUGUAAGCUCCAUGAGAGCAAGGGCCAUGUCUGGUUUGUUCAUGGCGGUUUCUCCAGGCUUAGAACCAUGCAUGGCACCUGGCAAGUUAUCUAUAAACGUGGUAAACAUAUAAAUCCCCCAGCUGCAGGAACAGCUUCAUUCCUGGGGAUCCCUUUAAAGGCUAGUCCUUGUUUUCUGCCUUGUACACACAAUACUUGAUGUUCAUUUUAUUUUCUCUGUUAGCCUGUAAGCUCCUGAUGAGCAGGUGUCUUCAUGAUUGUUAUCUCUGUAUCCUCCCACCAUGCCAGUCCAGAGUAAGUAGUGCUUAAAAAGUGUUUGGUAAAUGAGUGAAUUAUGGUAAACAACCCAGCUCUGACUCCUUUGCAGGGUAGUCAAAUUGUAGCUGACACUACCAGAUUGAAAAAGAGGAAGAUUAUUCAGAAGUGCAUAAACUGUACUUGUAUAAGAAAAAAAAUCUCAUUAAUUAGACGUCCAUAAAAUUCAAAUUUUGAUGAUCUGGCCAUAUCUAAGCUGAAGUUUACCUGGUGUAUAAAGGAUUUGCUAGAGAAUCGUGUAGAAUAUUUUUUUGGAAAGCAUUCGUCUGCCCCAGAAGAGCAGGGAAGGAAGCUGGCAGGUGGAUGAGAGGCCCCCAAGAAGGAUUGCUGAGCCAGUCUUUAGCUUUGAGUCUUAUUGACAAGGAAUGUGUUGUAAUCUAGAGAUGGCGAAGAGAAAUAACUUGUUCAGGCAGCAGCUCUUUUGCCUGCAGUAGUAUUCCACCUCUCAUUUGAAGCAUUCUUAAAGUUAUGCUGAAAUGCUAAUGGGCGGUUUGCAUUAAUAUUAACAAAUCAUGGUGUCACAGAUUAAUUAAUUGCUGUACAAAUAAAUUUGGUGUAUAAGUAUUUGCUUUUAAGCUUUAUAUAACACGAAGCAAAUGAGAAAAGGCAUUUUUUUUCCUCUAAGAACUAAAAGGACAGAAUGUUUUUGAUAAUUUUGAGAAUAUCACAGUUGCUUUAAGGCAGAUUGUUAUUGCAUAAUCUAACGAACGAAAAUCCAGAACUUUUCUUACGUUUAUAAAAUAAAUCUGAGAAGAAAAAAAUAUGGUAGCAUUUUUUAAAAAUGAAAUUCUAUGAACAUUUAAUAGGACUUUGAUGUUCCCGGAAGCAGUUAGGGAAAUGCUGGCUCCAAAGCCUAUUUCAGAUUGUGAGGCACUGAAGUGAGACUUUCCUGUGCUAUAUAAAUAAAACUCUGGAGUAUGGGUGAUAUUAACCUGCCAAAGUCAAUACUUUGCCCUAGAGUUCUUGCCUGUUUUUGCCUGAGCAACUCAGAGGCCCUGUUUGCAUGACCAGAUUCUUCAGUAGUUGAAACUUUGUAUUUAAUUGCCUAUCACCCUCACCCCUCACUGGUGUAGGUUAGUGAAGGCAAGAGGCCCCCAUCAUUGGCAGGAGAGGAGACAUGACCAUGACCUUUCCUGGCUUUUUGUGUGUCUAAUUAUGUGAUGCAUCCCCUCUUGCCUUAGCAAGGAUUAC